AGGAUGGAAGAUGACGGGAGGCAAAGACUGCACUAAUUUUGUUGGAGGAAAGGAAGCGUGAGAUGCGUGCAAGGGUAGGAAAAACGGCAGUGGCCGAAGAGCUCUGAGCCAGGGGGUUGGUGAAAUAUCUUCUCUGGGUAAGGUGCCACCAAAAUCAGCAGAAGGGUUCGCGAUGGAGGCAGGCAUUCCCGCACGUCUCACAGGAAAUGGAUGUGCACCAUCAACUCCUGCGUCAACGGCAGCAGCCACACCAACGGCAAUGCCCACACAACCAUCCAGUGCAGGUUAUCAGUACCCACCACCACCCUAUGGGAUGGGCCCACAUCCCCACCACCCCCACCAUCCCCACCACCCUCCCCCACCCCACCACCACCACUCUUACUCUUACGCUCCACAAUAUGGGUAUCAUCCUCAUUACUUCUACUCAUCACCGCCACCGCCACCGCCACCGCCGCUGCAUCCUCACCAAUUCCCCUGGCCAUAUCCUGUGCCAGACCCUGCUUCUGCCCCUCACCCUCCAACUAUUUCCGAGCAGCAGAGUGCAGCUGGCCCCUCUCCCCCUUCCUCUAUGCCCCAAACAGCUGCCAGCCAUCCUCCUCAUCCUGCCUCAUCCUUCAUGCACUACCCGCACUAUCCAGGCAACCACUCAUACAACCCGUUUACGCCUCCGCCAGAGCCUUCCAGCAGCACUGCUGUACCUGUGCCAGAGCAAAGUGCCACAGAACACACUACAAUAGCUGCAGCUGCAUCUCCUUCAUCUACUUUUUCUCGGCCGGCAAAUGUAAAUCCUCCUCCACCCCCUCCUCACCCUCCUCCUCCAACCGCCCCCUGUGCUAGCAUCCAGCCUACACCCUUCCUCCCUCCACCCUUCCCACCCCCUCCAUUUGCAUUCUAUGGUCAUUAUCCUUCCCCCAUGCCAUACCCCCACACCAUGGGCCCAGCAAAUGCUGGCCAACCCCCAUCCAGUGCCCGGGCAGGCAAUAUUGGUGCCGGGGGGCCGCAGGGCACACAAGCCAGCUGUGCAGGGGCUCCUAACGGGGCCACACCUAGCAAUACAGGCAUGCCUUCUGCUGCAUGGAUGCAAACAACAAGUGCCACAGGGAAUGCAGAGAACAGCAGACAUGUUGGUCAGACUCCAGCCUCUGGUGGUGAGCCAACUACUACCGCUGAAGCGGCGACUGUGGGAAAGUGUCCUGGUCCUGCUUUUGAAGGUAGGACUGCAGGGUCUGCAGGAGUUGCGGAGGAGUAUGCCAGUGGCAUCACGGACACAACUGCGGGCACAGAUGGUACGGAGACUUGUGCCGAUGGAAGCAGAGAGGCCAUGGCUGUACCUGGCAUGGUUUCAGGGACGUGCAGCAGCCCCAUGGACACAGUGUUUGCCAGUCCCUUUGUGCACCAAGUCAACGGAACACAACAUGCUGCAUCUGCUCUUGGAUCGCCAGGGGUGAAAGGUGCAAUGCAUGAAAUGGCAGGUGAGCAGCCACGAGAGCGUAGUGCGAAAACCAGAGAUCGGGAGCGGGAUUGUGAACGAGGUGAUGUCACAGAGUCAACUGGUGUUGAAAACCCACCAAAUGCCACAGGCUCACAACUGAAUUCCCCCCCGGCAUCUGGAGGCAAGCAAAAGCUGUCCGUGGCGGUCCCACAUUCUUCACCGUCUGGAGCUCAUACGACAGCAUCACAUCUGGCAUCACAUGGAGAGAAGGGAGGAAAGGCUUCCUCUAGUCAGGUACACACUCCAAACAAUCUGCUUGACGGCAGGCGUGGCAGGAGGCUGAAGCCUCUCGACGAACUACACCCGACCUCAAUCUUUCGGAGACGACAACGGAUGCUGCGGCAGAUUAAGGAUAUUGCAGCGGAGUUUGUCGGCAAGAGUGUCGAAGAUCUAACCUCCAAGGAUCUCUCUGACACUCUCCUAUUUGCUCUUGGGAGCAAGACCCUCGUGGACGUGGAUGCUGCGUACAUGGUGGCACUUCUUAAAGAUAAGGAUCAGAAGACGUCAACUUCAGAAGCACGGCGCAAAGCGACCAAGAGACAGAAAGCAACCGUAUCCUCUGAUAUGCGUGUCACAGCCGCCGCCACACCGGGCAGGGCUGAUGAAGGGGGUGGUUCACGCCGACCAAGGAGACGGAACAAAGGGGUUGCAGUCCAGAAUGCAGCAACUGCCAUUGAAGCAUUGGGAGAAUUGGCUGUGCAGCCGAUGGAUGACGCGACCGGCAAUGCUGCUGAUGGUGAUCAUCCCGAGUUCCUUGUGCCCGACACGGCAUUGAUAGAAGCAGGAGCCGCAGCCGCAGCCGAAGCAGCUAACCACAACCUUCCAAAACGGAUGCGCCAAGUGUUGGGAGAUGCAGGCCUUGAGCUAGAUGAGGGAUCCUUUUACCAGCUGCAGGCGCGGAUGCACUCUGAUUCUGAGGAUGGAGAGACAAGGGUGCCGAGGAAGUUACUAGAAGCGGCAAACCACGGACUAAAGAGGCAGGUCAGCAAUCACGGAGACGACGACUCGUAUGACGAUGGGGUCAAACCGAGGCGGCUUGAAAGAGGUCGAGCGGCGCACAGGAGACGGUUCACGGGGGGUGGGAACGUAAAGGCUGUUUCUUCUAGACGGGGGAAAGAUAGGGGGAUCCCAGAGAUAAAUGCAGAGGUGGAGGAAAGACCAAUUGGUGAGCGGCGAGGGGGGAGGAGGAGACCUACUCUGAGAGCGGGGUCUAGAGUGGGUGGAGGGGAGAGAGGAGAAGAGGAGCAGGGUAGCGCACUGAGCGGAGGAGGACGUGGUGGGGAGAGCAGGUCGAGAAGACGAAAGGAAGGGGCUUUGGUUCAGAAAGUGGAACCAUCGGAACUUGAGGACGUGCAGUUUGUAGGAGAGACAGGAGCUGCCAAGACUGGGAAAUCUAUGGGAAUGAGAGUGCUACCGCAAACAAUGCUGGGAGGAGCAAAAGGAGGAGGAGGAGGGCGUCUGGGAGAAACAGGGAUGGAAAUUCUAGGAGGAGAAGCCAGGCAAGGCAUUUGUUUGAGGAGUCGAGCGAGAAAGAUGGAGGAUGACAUGGCAAGGAAGAUGGAAGGAGCAAGGGAAGGAACGCUCGCAGCAGACAGAAAGGACGACACUUCAACAGAGGAAACGGGUCUAGCGUUGCACGGAAUCGGCCGCCAAAGUGCGAACACAGAGGAGCACCGGAGUAGAUUUGCUGUUGGAAGGGAGCUGGUUCCAGUUAAAGCAGCAGUGGGAACGGGACACCAGAGUCACGGACCAGAUCCGGACACAGGUUCAGAAGACACUUCUUCAGAAUCCGAGGAAGAGGUUUCCCCACAUGCUAUGGCUCUUCUUGAGGGGUAGAUGGCACACACUGGAGUGCAGUUGCAGGCUGUUUUGCUGACUUCCUGUAGAAGAAGCCAGUCCUUAUCCUUCUCUUUCCUGUUUUUGUGAGGCAACGAACUGCCUUGCCCAGGAUUCUGUCCACUUUAUGGCCUUUUCGAUUGUCAAGAGAAGUGAUGCAUUCGCUCUUUCGUUCGCCUUUUCCUUUUUACCUUUUUUUUUUCGCCAUUUCAUUCCAAAGGAAGGCAAUAUGUAUAGAUUUCAAUCUCCAGAUUUAGGAGAAAUGGCGAAAUCUGUACAUUUCUUUCUACCUGAUUAUCAAGCUUUCAAGCAACCUCCCAGUCUUUUUUGUUUUUUGGGCUGCACAGGCGUGCCAGAUUUUCCCA